AGGCCGAUAAGUUGUUGCGGGCAGCACAUGUUUGUGAUUCAAAUUGUGGCAAUCACAAAUCACACAAAAUGGGUGGACAUCACAAAAAGAAUUUGCGUGCCGAGAAAGCGAAAGUGAAAUUGAAAGGCGCCAAGCUGCCCAAAGGUCUCAAUGUGACCAAAACGGACUUUAAGGUCCGCAAAAUUGAGAUACGCGAACAGCUCAAGGAGUAUUCGCAGCCAGCCAGCCAGUUUAACGGCAGCCAGCGGCAGCUGAAUCUCAAAGAGAUUCUCGCCCGCCUCAAGCAUCACAAUCUCAAGUUUCGCAGCGAUGCCCUGCGCAAUGUGCGCGACGCUGUCAAGGGCGGCCAGGCCGACCAUCUUGUUGGUCAUUUGAAUGAUCUGCUUCAGGGCAUUGCCGCCGGCGCAUUGGACAUGGAACGCGAUGUGCGUGUUGAAUCAUUCAAGACGCUCGAUGUGCUGCUCGAAGCACUGCCAUCGACGGCAAUUGUGCCAUUCUUUCACAUCAUUGCCGCCUAUUUGCGCUGUGCAAUGACCCACGUGCAGCCGGCCAUACAGGAGGAUUCGCUCCAGCUGCUCGACGUUCUGCUGCUCCGUGUGCCCGCCCGUCUGCUGGCGGAGCGCAGUGCCAGCACCAUAAUUGGCAACUUUAUCGAUAUGAUAUCUCGCACACGGCAUGACACGCAGCGCACAAAUCGGCUGCUCACAGUUCGCGUGGUGAGUGCCGGAUCGGGUCAGUUGACAACGAUUAAAUGGCGCACCAAGGUCCUGUUGCGACUCCAUCAAAUCCUUGGCACACUGCUGCAGCAGCAGCAACAGCAGCUGCCGAGGAGCGAUGCACGCCAGCCGCCGGCGCGUAUCGUUCACUUUGAUGCAAAGCGGCCACAAUAUUACAAUGUGCUGCGUCCCCAGUUGGAGGACAAACGGGAUCUGUAUGCCAUUGUGGGUGAGAGUGCGCGCAGAGACGAAAAUGAGCAGUUGCGCGGCUAUGUGGAGCAGCUGAUGCCACUGCUCCAUGACAAUUGGAUCGAGGUGCGACCACAACAGCAGCAGCAAAAAAAACACCAGCAGCAGCAACAGCAGCAGCUCCUCAGUGCGGAUGCGGCGGCCAGUCUGCACGUCCUGUUGGAUAUUGUGGCGCAACUGUGCCAGCUGGUGCAACAGUACGAGACAAUGCAACAGGAUGCGACACACGAGCUGAGCAUGUGGAUGCGUUCUAAUUAUGCCAACAGCUUUGUGCGCGUCUUCCUCAAGGAAUGCAACUAUCCCUAUCAGCAGAUACCAUCUAUCAGCGAGACGUCAACAACCCACACGAAGAAGAAGACCAAGGCCAAGGGCAAAAGGGAGCUGGCAACGGGAGGGGAAAUGUGCAUUGCCCAGAAUUUGACGCUGGUGCAGCUCGUCUGCUAUUUCUGGCCGCAGCCGGUUGGCGAGCAGGCGAGUGAUGAUUACGGCUGCUUGUUACAGUAUAUGAAUCAAUGCCUGCACCGCCUGAGCCAAUUGUCGGUCGAUGAGCAACUGCGUCUGGUGGUCGCAUUGCGUGCCCUGCUCCUCGAUAAUGGUUUGGCGCUGCUGCAGCUGCGCUCCCAUCAAAUGGGCUCGGUGAUGCAGCACUGUAUCGAGAAGUAUGUGGCCCAGGAGUAUACGACACGUGAGGGUGUUGCGACCCGUAUGCUGAAUCUGUUGUGCCAGCUGGUUCAGCGCAGCGAACUCUAUCAUGGCUAUGGCGGCAAGGAACAGUUUGCCACACUCCUCGACUAUCUGCCCCAGCUGCUGCUCAAGCCAAGCGUCGCUGAUGUCACCCUGACGGCGAUGUCAACACUUUGCCGCCAGCAGAAUGUCGUCUUUAUGACGGCCCUGGCGGACAGUGUCAACGAGGUGCUCGCCAAUGUCGAGCAGCUUCAGGUGACGGGUGACUCGGGCACAGAUGAGAGCCGCUUCGAGCAUCAGAAGCGCAUCCUAAAUCUAUUCUACUAUGCUCGCCGCUGUGGCGAUCCGCACAAAUUGCAAUCAGCAUUGCACCUACUGGAGCAGAAUACAUCCGAGCGAGUUUCCAGCUACUUUAAGUGCAUGCUCAGCUACGAUUAGGUCUGAAUUCACACGAUAUCCAUAUACAAUAUAGAAUAACCCCAAACAAGAAAACAAGUAGGAAGCAGUGCUUUAGUCGGAUGAGCACGACUAUGAUAUACCCUGAACCCAGUUCUAGUCGUAUUACCAAGUUUCCCUUUAAAUCUUUUGCACACUCAAAUGUAAGCAGGCCAGGAAGCACUCUCAUUUCCCAUGGUCAACACAGGCAUUGGGGAUAUUUUUUAUCCGAUCUUGAUGAAUUUGAUUUGGGCAGUUGAAAAUAUAUUAAGAAGAUAUUAACCUUAUGGCGUCCAUUAUAGUCUUUUUACCCAUUUUCAAUGGGCUCAGAAGGGUGUAAUAAUGUACAAUAAUUAUGGAAUAAAAACAAAGAUAAAAUAUAGUUCAAUUACACAAUAAAAUAGAUUAUUAAUAUACUAUAAAUUGUUUAGCUUUGGUUUAAGUUAAUGUAGGGACGCUGUGUUCCUUCCCGAUUCCCCAUUUUCGUUGAGAAUUCAAAAAUAAGGAAGUAAAAAUGAUUAAAUUGUAUUUUAAUACAAAACACAAAAAUCUUAAUCGUAAAUCGUAAAAUAAAGAAUAAGGAAAAAAAAGCUAACCAACAAUAAUGACUGGAAAAUAUAAAUAUUUAACCAAAGUAUUUCUUUAAAUAUAAAGCGAUAUGUAAGUUAA